AUGCCAACUUUCACCCGAUCCAUCGCAACCUCAACAGGAAAAAUCACUCCACCCGUCAGCCUGUCCUUCACCGAGACCCCUAAACCCUCUCCUCAGGAACAGGCCCGGUCACAGCCCAUUGUGGUCAUGCACGGUCUCUUUGGUUCCAAACAGAACUGGAAGGCCCUGUCCAAGGCCAUGGCCCAUCGUCUGAACACCCGAGUCCUCACCGUCGAUCUUCGUAAUCAUGGAGAGAGCGGGCAUUCAGAGGAACACGAUUAUACCAACAUGGCCAACGAUGUGGUGCACUUUUUGAAGGAGCAAUCCGUGGAUAAGCCUGUCGUCAUUGGACACUCUAUGGGAGGCAAGGUGGCGAUGAACUUGGCAUUGAAGCACCCUGCAAACCUGGACCGACUCGUCGUCGUCGAUAUGGCGCCCGUCAAGGUCAAACUGUCGACCGAGUUUGCGAAAUAUGUCGGGUCCAUGAGGGAGAUUCAGAAUGCCAAUGUGAAGAAGCAAUCCGAGGCCGAUAAUAUCUUGAAGAAGACUGUCUCCGACUUGGGAGUGCGCCAGUUUCUGUUGACAAACUUAAAGAGAGACGCCACAGGGGACGGAUACAGUUUCCGGAUCCCCUUCGAAACCCUGGGCAACUCGCUCGAGAAGCUGGGCCAGUUUGAUUUCGUCCCUGGGCAGGACAAGUUUGAUGGCAAGGUUCUGUUUAUUAGGGGCGUAAAGUCCAAGUAUAUCAUGGAGAAGGAGAUGGAAGCGAUUCGGUCGUUCUUCCCUCAGGCGAGGAUUGAGAGUCUUGAUACUGGUCAUUGGGUUCAUGCCGAGAAACCAGAGGACUUUUUGAAGCUCGUCACAGAGUUUGCUAUCGAAAAGUAA